UCUAGCUUGUGUUGAGCUCCCCCACGGGUCCUGUUCUAUACCGCAAUGGCCGACACACAUGGCAAUCUCCACAUAGCGAUGCUUCCCUGGUUCGCCUUUGGCCACAUGACGCCAUACAUGGAGCUGGCCAAGUUGAUGGCCGGAAAGGGCCACCGGAUAUCGUUCCUAUCGGCCCCAAGAAACAUAGAUCGCCUACCGAAACCCCCUCCGGACCUCGCUUCUCUCAUCAGCUUCGUGAAGCUCCCCUUACCGGCCGUCGAACACUUGCUGGAGGGCGCCGAGGCCACCAGCGACCUGCCUUACGACAAGGUCCAGUACCUCAAGAAGGCUUUCGACAUGCUCCAAGGACCCGUGGCCCAGUUCCUCGAAUCCUCGGAUCCCGAUUGGAUCAUGUACGAUUUCGCUCCGUAUUGGGCUGGCCGGAUCGCUUCUAGGCUCGGCAUUCGGAGCGUUUUAUUCACUAUCAUGAUCGGCGCCGGCUUGGGCUUCAUCGGGCCAACAUGGGCUUCAAAGGGGGGAGACUACCGGAAAACCCCGGAGGAUUUCACCGUGCCCCCCAAGUGGGUUCCGUUCCCAACUAAAGUCGCAUUCCACCUAUUUGAGAUCAAGAAGAUUUUCGAUGUGGUUACGGGCAAUGCGUCGGGCGUCACAGACAUAUAUCGCAUGGGGGCAGGCCAAGAAUGCUGUGACAUAAUAGCACUUAGAAGCAGUUAUGAGGUCGAACCCGAAUGGUUGAGCCUCCUCAACGAUAUGCACGCCAAACCAGUCUUCCCCGUAGGGCAACUUCCCCCAGGCGAUCCCGAGACGCAAGGCAAAACCGACUCUUGGAAGUCGAUCAAGGAAUGGCUCGAUGCGCAAAAGAAAGGUACCAUGGUGUACGUGGCAUUCGGGAGUGAGUCCAAACCAAGCCAAACCGAACUGACCGAGAUUGCCCUAGGGCUAGAGCUUUCAGGGUUACCCUUUUUUUGGGUGCUCAAGACUCAACUCGGCUCGGCCGACACUGAGUCGAUCGUGUUGCCUGAUGGUUUUGAGCAGCGAGUCAAAGGGCGUGGCGUGGUUUGGGGUAGCUGGGUGCCUCAACUCAAGAUACUCGCGCACGACUCGGUGGGCGGGUUCUUGACUCAUGGCGGGUGGAAUUCAGCCGUGGAGGCGCUAAGCUUCGAGAGAGCCCUACUACUCUUCACAUUCGUGGCAGAUCAAGGACUAAAUGCGAGGUUCUUGGAGGAGAGACAGAUCGGGUAUCCGAUACCAAGAAAUGAGUUCGACGGGUCGGUCACGAGGCAGUCCGUGGCCGAGUCGCUGAGGCUGGUGAUGGUGGAAGAGAAGGGUCGGGUUUACCGAGAGAAAGCGAAGGAGAUGAGGUCUAUCGUUGGUGAUAAGAAUGUUAGAUAAAGUUAUGUCAACAAACUUCUUAACUAUUUGCAGGAACACAGGCCUGUGAAACACCUAAGAUCAAAGGGGACCACAAUACAAGGCAAGAAGUUAUGACCUGGUUUUAGUGUUCUUAGCUAGGAAUGUCUAGUGCUUCUGCUGAGUUAUCCAAUGUUUGGCAAGACAAGGUGGUUUGCUUUGUAUGUGAACUAGAUGUGUUCUCCGUUGUGUUAAGGAGAAAGUAGUUUAUGUAUCGAUCGCACUAUGGACGAAGUAUAACCGAUUAAUAAUCGCGUGGUAUGCACUCUAACUUUGUGAU